GCAAAAAUAAAAUCUUCCUGAUACACAGCGAGAAGUCCCACAACUCAGUUGGGAAGAUUCCAAAGGCUCAUGAUUUUAUUCUAGGUUGAGUCUAGGAGAAAGUUGGACAUAGCAAGUUGAUAUUCCAAUGUAGAGGUAAGAGAGAGAACAAUGGCUAAGCAUGGUCUUAAACUUGCGAUGCCCUCCACACCACCAACCACCAGGAUGCCCGGCACCAGAACAUUCCAGGCAUUCCCGUGGUGGGCAAAUAGCAGGCUGACUGGCAUGUCGGACCCCGCGAACACUGGGUACUGGUUUGACUGCCACCAUGGCUGACAUGGAAGUGGCUCUCUCCCCUGCCCAGAUCGAGGCACUUCACCUCAGCCCCUCGCUGUCCUCCACCUCCACAUUUUCCUGCCCUUCCUCACCUGGAUCCUCUUCUUCCUCGUCCUCCUGCUCGGACUGCUCUUCGGACUGCCCCAACCAGCACCAGUCGUCUUCCAGUCCAAGAAGCUCCAGCCCCAGUGGCUGCAGCAGCAGCGGCAGCGAUGCCAUUCGGGGCUGCAGUCCUCCUUUGGACAUCAUAUCUGAGGACGCUGUGGUGCUGGACCUGGUCAUCGACCCUGAAGUGGCCCUGAAGGCUUGCCAUGAGGUCCUGCAGAAGGUCAAACUCCUGAAAGUUGAGGAAGAACCGGAGUUGUUGGAAAAGUGCAGCCAACGACGGCGGCUGCCCAAAGGGACAGUAUACAUGGAGCCUUGCAACACAGGUUUGAUUAAAGAGGAAGAACGGCAUCAUUCUCCUCAACAAAUAACGCACACAUGCUUGCCGUCACAACAGCCUUGUGACACACGUUCGAUUAAAGAGGAGGAUGAAGAGGAGGAAGAAAAGCGUGAUCCUCCCCGACAAAUUACGCAGACAUGCCCUCAGUCGCUACAGCAGAACGGCGACCAGUCCUCUGCGGCAGCCAAGCAGUCCUUGCUUUUGCGGCUGUUUGAAUCCAAGCUCUUCGACGUCUCCAUGGCCAUGUCCUACCUGUACAAGUCCAAAGAGCCUGGCGUCCAGGCCUACAUUGGCAACCGCCUCUUCAGCUUCUCGGACGAAGACGUGGACUUCCACCUGCCCCAGCUGCUCAACAUGUACGUCCACAUGGACGAGGAUAUGGGCGACGCCAUCCGGCCCUACGUGGUGCACCGCUGCCGCCAGAGCAUUGCCUUCUCCCUGCAGACGGCAUGGCUGCUCGGCGCCUACUCCUCCGACAUGCACAUCUCUACCCAGCGCCACUCGCGCGGCACCAAGCUGCGCAAGCUAAUCCUCUCAGACGAACUAAAGCCCCACUCAGCUUCUAAAGGUGUGGGUCCCGCCGGUGCUGCGGACGCCAGCCCUGGGCUGCGGGACGUUGCCCACAUUCGACACCACCAGCGGCACACCGUGGAGCCGCCCCCGGCCCCCGACAGCCAAAUCAUCCCUGCCGAUGCCUACCUCUCGCCUUCCAAGCGGACACAUCAGCGAUCGAAGUCGGACGCCACGCAUUGCACAAGCCUGGGGAGUAGCCUCAGGAGAACAGCCAGCAACCCCAAGGUGGAAAGCGGCUACGAUGAGGUGAGUACCUUUUUAACAUAUUUUGUCAUACAAAUUCUCCCGAGUGGCGCAGUGGACAACCACUGCAGCUUCUACCACAACAACUGCUGUUCCUACGUCCACUAUUACUGCAGCACCUACUACGACAACUACAACUGCAGCUCCAACGACAACUGCAACUGCAGCACUAACUAUAUCAACUGCAGUUCCUACAACAACUCCUACAGCCACUACAUCUUUAGGAUCUACUACGACAGGGACAACUUCAGCUCCUACGACAACAACUGUUGGUCCUACGACCAUUACAACUGCAGCACCUACCACGACAACUACAACUGCAGCUCCAACGACAACCGCAACUGCAGCACUAACUAUAACAACUGCAGUUCCUACAACAACACCUACUACGACAACUACAACUGCAGCUCCAACGACAACUGCAACUGCAGCACUAACUAUAUCAACUGCAGUUCCUACAACAACUGGAGCUCCUACGACAAGUACAACCACAGCUACUACUCCAAUAACCGUAGUUCCUACGACAACAACUGUAGCUCCUACGCCCACUACGACUGCAUUAUCUACUACGGCAGUGACAUCUGCAGAUCCUACGAAACCAACUGCAGCUCCUACGACCACUGCAACAGCAGAACCUAUCACGACAACUGA